AUGUCUGUGGAUAUUGCCUCUUAUCCCCAUGGCUCGCAGCGGGUCUUCACCGACACGGCGACCCUGCGGCAGGCGGUGAUGUCCCCCGCCGACGCCUACACCCGCUACGAGCGUCAACUCCUCGACGAAGUGAAUGCGCUGCGGUGCAAUCCCGCCGCCUACGCCGAUGUGGUCGCCACCGCCGCCACCGUCGCGUAUCCGUUCGUGCGGGACGACCCCACGCCGGCCCGCUGCAGCGCCAUGACACUCCCGCAGCUCCGCGUGUACAUUGCGGACUUCCGGCGCGAGCGCGAGACGGUGGCGACGGCGGCCGCGCGGGUGCGGCACGAGUGGGAGGAGGCCGUCGCGGCCCAACAACUGCGGUGGGCGCACGAGGACACGGAGCGGGCGCGGCGGGUGAAGCGGGGGAGUGUGCGGCGCCCACGCGGGGGAGCCACGGCGAACUCCACAACCGCAAAUGUGUCGAGCACCUCCUCCAUCUCCAUCGCACACACCUCCCCGACCGGUGGAGGAGGAACAUCAUCAGCGGCGGCGGCGAAAGAGGAGGAUUUCAUGCGGGAACGGGAACGGGAGGCGCAGGAGUUGCAAGCACAGUACACACAGAAACUGCGGGAGUUGGAGAGUAAAGGGGUACAGUUGGAACGGGCGUGUAAGUGGGCUAUUGAGGGGGCGAAUCUUAUUAUCAAUUGCGUUAAAAAACUGCGGAAAGCGGAUGCUGUUCCUCCGCUGGAGUAUAGUAGAAGUCUCACUCUUGCGGCUCGUGAUGUGGGGAAUGCAUCUCGUCAUGUACACAGCGAAACAGAAACAACAACACCAUCCACACCAGAGGAAGCUAUAGCCGUAACACCAGCAGAAACAGGAACAACACCACCCUUCUCCACGGCAAUGUCAACAAAACAACAACAACAGCAAGGACAAGAACAAGGAGGAGGAAGAGGAGAAGGAGAAAAAGAACAAGAGAAACAGCAAGAAAAGCUUCCCUCAUCAUUGCCUGCCUUGCAAGGAAAUCGUACAAGUGGUGAGGGUGAAGAGGUACUGCUUACAGACCGAUCAGCUGCUAAUAGGUCUGAUAGUGAUGGCUGUAUAUCCCGACAGGUGUUAUCACAAGUUCUUUCGACACCUGCUUGUUCUUUACCUCCUGAGGAGGAUAGGGGUAGUAAUUUCAUGAGGAAUGAAAGCCGAAAAACAAAUAGUAUCAGCAAAAGUGAGAAUAACAGCAAUAAUAACGACAUGAUUGGGAAUUUAACUGUUCUCAAUGUAUCAGCGAAAAAUGCGGAUACUUCUUCAUCUCCGCCACUUAUUGAUGUAUUUGAUGAAUCUACACCAGGUAUGGGGAACUAUACAACUACUGUGAAUGAGUUUAAAAAAGAGGAAACCCUUCUUAAAAAGACAACUAUGAAAGUAUGUAGUCGUUACGGAUAUUUUUCAGGGGCAUUGCGUGGUUUACAAUUUUGUGGUGCCUUUAAUCCACGUAAGACGUUAGUUCAAAUGCUUCUUGGUUUACAAGUACCACAGUUUGUACUGGUUGCACCAAAUUCAGUACCGGAUGUAUGUAAAUUCCUUCACUCUCAUUCUAAUGCAACCAACCAAUUGGAUAGUCCUCUUUUGUGGGAUGCAGGUCGUCUCUUGGGGUGUGGAUGGGUACGAUCACCAGACGGCGUGGUAAGUGUAACGGUGUUGAUUGCUACUAACUUUGAAGAAUUGAGUCUUAUUCACGAACGACGUGAUUUUUCUCUUCCACAGAUUCAUCGUAUUCUUAAUAGCCAUAAUGUGCUUCUCAGGAAGGGACUAACCAGCUCAGCUGUUGUACAUGUGCACUCCAAACUAGAUGUACAGGUAAUGGAACCAGUUUCACAUCCUAUUUUUGUGGAUAGACAGCAAAAAAUGGCACGCUUAAUUGUUAAAGCAGAUUCAAAUAUAGUUGAAAUUACUGCUACUGUAAGUGCUGCAGCCGAACCAGUUCCAUCUGUACCAAUGCUUGAUCGUGAGUUAUUGCUUGUACAGCGAAGACAGGAUGAUUUGGAGGAAGUUGAGAUUCUUCUUGAUAUACGUGCAGCAUGGCGACGUUGGUCAGGUCAGCCUUUAUUCGUCCAUCUCUUUGAAAGAGAUAAAAGUGCGGGUGGAUUGGGAUCCUUCACAAACAUUGGAUUUAUUCGAGUAACGCCCACACCGCAGCUUGGAGGAGGAGGAGGAGGAGGAGGUGCCUCUACUAUGAAUCAUAUUUCAUCCAGUUCACAAAAACAAAAACAACAACAACAACAACAACAACAACGUCUGGCUGAUACUUCAGUUAUUCGCACAUCUGCACAGUUGUCACCUCAGAGUUGUAUUCCUCCAAUUGAUGUAAAAGAAGAAAUAUACGGUUGGCCACUUGUAACUUCUGAUUUUCAAGAACGUUGUGCAACUAUUAUUGAACCACUAGCUGGGACGUGGAUUGCGAUUGGUAAUUUACAACACAUUGUAAUACAGAUUCCAAACUAUGAAUAUCUAAAAACCACUAUUGACAAUGUUCGUUUUCUUCUGGAGAAGGAAGAUAGAUAUGCAACAUGGGAAGAACGCUGUGGAAGUGAACAUCACAUUAAGAAGAUGAUUGAAUCCACCACGGAGGAGUUAAAGACGGCAGAAGAGACACUUAAUGCAAAUUCAGGUCCCAUUCAACAGGAACUCGCACAACUUCAAAAGAAUAUGACACGAAAACGUAAUAAAGAGAUGAUAAGACUCAAGAAACAAGAGGAUGAAUUACGUAAACGACUUAAAAGGAUGGAAGAUGAUGUAGAGGAAUUACGACAGGUUCUCACGGAUGCACAAAGAGAUUUGGUGAUGUUGUGUCGUGAGUACACACUUCAUGCAAAGCGACGGGAUAACUUGGAGCAGGAGUAUAAACGACUCUGCGAUCGCGCAGACCGCACCAAACCACUUCGCGUAGAAGUUCGACUCAUCGCCUCCGGUGCCGAGUCGUGUAUGGCUGCAGAGUGCACAUCACUGCGGCCUGUGAAUAGUGUAUGUACAUUGUAUGAAGGGGAUGUGCGGGUGCCGCGGGGUUUCACCGGUAGUGCGUUGUUGUUGGUGAAUGAACAGGAGGCGGUUCAAUGGGAGGUGCGGCCCGGAUAUUGA